UUGUCUGUCUAUAUAGAUGAUGUUGGCCGAUACCAAUAUUUCAUUUAAAGCCAAUGCAGUAUCUGCCAAUACUGGCAGUGCCGAGAUUAUCCCUAAUUAUUAUCAAGAUAUUGGAUUCUUACAUCUAUGGGAUUCGUUAAUUUAAUAUUUUAGCUCUUCAGUUAAUUUCGGCUCUUAAAUUAAUUUCUUUUAAUGUGGAAACUGAUCCUUGAGUUCAUUACCAUACGUUGAAAAACUUUUCAAAACUCCACUUCAUAAACGCUGGCCCGACUCGUGCACGUUGUUUAAUAAGUUCCAAACUUUCCGACAGCACGCGAAGGCAGCGUUACUAGCGUGCUAGCUUAGCAUGCUGCUAGCACCGAUAACUCGUCGUCCUUGUCCAAGAAACGACAAAGAACUUGGUCCGUGUUUACAUUUAUGAUGGUAUGAUGACCUCUGGUCUAACACAGACUGAGAGAACAUAGAGCUGAACAAAUGGAGGUCAGUGAGCAUGUUUUAUCGGCGGGCAGAGCCGUGCUGGACAUGGUGGAGCGGGAGUGGCAGCCUCUGUCUCCGGGCGAGCUGGAGCAGCGGCUGGACCAGGCGGUGGAGGAGCUCCUGGAGGCUGAGCUGUUAGCUAAACUUAAAGCUCAGCCUCCUCCGACUAUAUACGUGCAGUUACUGCAGAGUCAAGCUAAUGUGCAGCCUCAGGUCGUACAGACCACAACAUCCAGCAGUCCUCCGGAGGAAGAGACACCAGAGCCCCAAGAACCCCUGGGGACUGUGGACAGUGCUGCAGUCAAGUACAUCGCAGACCUGCUUCAAAACUCCAAGUCUAGGGCUCGAAUGGCGGGACGGGCUCGCUUGUCUCUGUCCCACACUGUCCUAUUGUCCCUCACUCUGCUCUCUGAGCGCGUCAGCUACCGCUCCGUGUCCCGCCGCUUCCACCUGGAGAAAGGAAACAUCCACAGGAUCUUCUUCUCUUUCUGUGAGCGUGUCAACACACUGGAGGAGAGGCUCAUCAGAUGGCCAGUCGGCACAGAGGCUUUAGAGGCCCUUUUCCCACUUUGCAGUCCAGAGAAGGAGCAGGAGCGGCAGCCAGGUGUCCCUCGGGUCCUGGGAGUGUUGGGACACACCCGCAUCCCUAUCCGUCUGCCUAUAGGGAAACACGAUGUGGAGAGCACAGUGCCUGAGGUUAAGAGGAUGAAGAAGGAGGCCCAUCCCGACUCCUGGCUAAACCUGCAGCUCAUAUGCGACCGCAAGGGCCGUUUCCUAGACUGCAGAAUCAGUAAAGGAUCAGACGUGGACAGAGGCGUUGCUCUGAGGGACAAACUUAAACAGCAUCUGGAGCUGUUGCCCUCUGACGCCUGCCUUGUUGCCAGAUCCGGCUACCCGCUCACUGCACAUAUUUUAAUUCCAUACUCAGAAAGUCACGGACCAAGAGAGGAGCUCUUCAACAAGACGUUGGAGGAGCAUUUUCAUAUUCUGGAUCAGGCUGUUGCCAACCUGAGAGCCAGAUUUCAAAGGCUUAGGUACCUCGAUAUUGGAAACUAUGAUCGCGCCAGAGCUGUCGUGCUGACUGCCUGUGUGUUGCACAAUGUGUUUUUGGACUUGGGACAAGUGGUUCAAGGACAUGUUGAGAAAGAGGAAGACAUAACCCAAGAGGGGGAGGUAGAUGAUGAGGGUUUACAGAGACGUGAUGCUAUCUCAGAUUUAUUGUUUAAAAACGUUAUCUCUGGUAGCACAUGACGUAAUAGUGACUUUUGGGAAACUUUCGUUCAUAGAUGCACAUGAACAGUG